GACAACAUGGCGAGUGUUCGUGCUGCCUCUCGUCUCCUCUCCAAGAGGGUUUUAUCCAAAACAAAAGCAGUCCCUGCUGCUGCAGUUCAGGGAUCAAGGAACUUCCACUUCUCCAUCUAUGGCAAGAAGAAAAGUGCCAAAGUAUCAGAUGAUAUCUCUACUCAGUACCCAGUAGUGGAUCAUGAGUUUGAUGCUGUGGUGGUGGGAGCUGGAGGAGCAGGACUCAGAGCUGCUUUUGGACUGUCUGAGGCUGGCUUCAACACUGCCUGCGUCACCAAGCUCUUCCCCACCAGGUCUCACACUGUCGCUGCACAGGGUGGAAUCAAUGCAGCUCUGGGGAACAUGGAGGAUGAUGACUGGAGGUGGCAUUUCUACGACACAGUAAAGGGAUCUGAUUGGCUGGGAGACCAGGAUGCUAUACACUACAUGACGGAGCAGGCUCCUGCAGCUGUAGUGGAGCUGGAGAACUUUGGCAUGCCGUUCAGCCGCACAGAAGACGGGAAGAUCUACCAGCGGGCCUUUGGAGGUCAGAGUCUCAAGUAUGGAAAAGGAGGCCAGGCCCACCGCUGCUGCUGUGUAGCAGACAGGACAGGACACUCGCUACUGCAUACACUUUAUGGACGGUCGCUUCGUUAUGACACCAGUUACUUUGUGGAGUACUUUGCCCUGGACCUGCUAAUGGAAAAUGGAGAGUGCAAAGGAGUGAUUGCUCUGUGCAUGGAGGACGGAUCUAUUCACCGCUUCAGAGCACAGAAUACUGUUAUUGCUACCGGGGGUUAUGGAAGAACCUAUUUCAGCUGCACAUCUGCCCACACCAGCACAGGAGAUGGAAAUGCAAUGGUGACCAGAGCGGGUCUGCCCUGCCAGGAUUUGGAGUUUGUACAGUUCCAUCCCACUGGAAUCUACGGAGCUGGUUGCCUGAUCACAGAGGGUUGCCGUGGUGAGGGAGGCAUCCUGAUCAACAGUGAGGGAGAGCGCUUCAUGGAGCGUUACGCACCAAACGCCAAAGACCUGGCCUCCAGAGACGUGGUGUCUCGCUCCAUGACCAUAGAGAUCAGAGAGGGCAGGGGUGUUGGUCCAGAGAAGGACCAUGUGUACCUGCAGCUUCACCACCUGCCUCCCCAGCAGCUGGCCACAAGGCUGCCCGGUAUCUCAGAGACGGCCAUGAUCUUUGCUGGAGUCGACGUCACCAAAGAGCCCAUCCCCGUCCUGCCGACCGUUCACUACAAUAUGGGUGGAGUACCCACAAACUACAAGGGACAGGUGAUCACUCAUACCGACGGAAGCGACAAGGUGGUUCCUGGACUGUAUGCCUGCGGUGAGGCGGCAUGCGCUAGUGUCCACGGUGCUAACCGGCUGGGCGCUAACUCUCUGCUGGACCUGGUGGUGUUCGGCAGAGCCUGCGCCCUCACCAUCGCCGAGGAGCACAAACCAGGAGAGAAACUGUCCCCUCUGGCACCCAGUGCAGGAGAGGAGUCUGUCGCCAACCUGGACAAGCUGAGGUUUGCCAACGGAAGCCUGAGGACCUCUGAGAUCAGGCUCAACAUGCAGAAGACCAUGCAGGCCCACGCUGCAGUGUUCCGCACCGGCGCCGUGCUGAAGGAGGGAUGCGACAAGAUGGACGCCGUCUACCAGACCCUGGAUGACAUCAAGACCUUUGACAGAGGCAUUGUGUGGAACACAGACUUGGUGGAAAGUUUGGAGCUGCAGAAUCUGAUGCUGAACGCUGUCCAGACCAUCCACUCUGCCGAGCAGAGGAAGGAGAGCAGGGGAGCGCACGCCAGAGAGGACUUCAAGGACCGUAUCGAUGAGUAUGACUACUCAAAGCCUCUGCAAGGUCAGGAGAAGAAGCCCUUCGAUCAGCACUGGAGGAAACACACUAUGUCCUAUGUAGACCCCAAGACUGGGAAGGUGACCCUGGAGUACCGCCCUGUUAUUGACAACUCCCUGGACGAGCAGGACUGUGCCCACGUCCCCCCUGCCAUCCGCUCCUACUAAGAACAUAUGCUCCCCCUCUCCCCCCUCUCACAUUCAGUUCACUCAUUUGUCUGCUAUUUAUGAAGAAACAUUUCCUGCAAUAGAACUGACAUUCUGGGACAAACAAUGCUCACAGUUACACGCGUAUAUCCCUUUUGUUAAAUGGUUACACACAAAACUGUCUUCUUCAUAAACUUCCCUUUUGUCUCACCUGCCUGUUCCUCUGUGUGCUUUGCCUUCAUCUAAUCGGCGUGCAGUUGAUAAGAUAUUCCAACAUGGGUCUUGUGACUUGUGUAUAUAUGAUGAGAAGCUUAAGACAAGUGGGUGAUUAUUCAGCCUCUAUCUAAAGAACUGACGUUGCAAGCUUAGUUUUCUGUGAUAACGCCACACUCUUGUUUCCAAGUCUUGCAUUUGGGUUUCAAACAUAACUUCUCUCCUUUGGCUUUCUGAAGUGAAGAGGUGGUGGGAAUGAUUGCAAAUUUGAAAUGCAAAUGUCGCAGACAAGCCACAGAGGGAAGUUAUGAGUAUGUAAAUAUUGCAUAAAUGUACAAUAAACAUGACGAGUUAUACUGUAUGUACGUGUUGAAGUGUGAGGUAGUGUCUUCUCACUCAUUAUGGCCUUCAAUUUCAGAUACUUUGAUGUGAAACUUAAUGUGUGUGUGAUCCAAAUGACAAAGUACAUAAUCUAUCUCAUGCUCAGUAGAUAAUCAGCUGAUAGACUUAAUUGAACCAAAUUAAACAGCUUAAUGCAUGUAGGUAUGUACUGUAUAUGGUGUCACAUGUGCUGGAACAAAGGCUUCGAUACAUUUUGGUGUUGCUGUUGCCUUCUCUAAUUACAAAAUAACUUUUUAGUAAAGGGUCAGUUGCAAACACAAAGCUAUUUGAGUUAUUACGCUUUUAUGUUGCUGACAUGUGGUCUUCCAGAGGUCAUUAUUCUGUGCAAAUACUGUUGCAAGCUCUUAGUGCUACAGGGAUGAGAGCGGUUUCUGCUCAAACAAAGCGCGUGUGAUGUAGAAUUGAUGGGAAAUCCUCACGUAUUGCACAAACUUGCCACAAUUUCUGCAGCUCCAUAAAUGACUUUGAAGGAUGUAUUUCUUGGCUUAAUUUAUUUGCUUGUUUUUAAAAUGGUCUGAGUUAAUUUUCUUCAGGUUUUGCCAUUUGUACUUAUUUUCAUAUGUUCAAUAAAGUGUAGACUAUGCAUAGAAACAA